CAAAAUGGACGAGGAGGAAGCAAAUGAUCCGUUAACUUUCUCACCCUUGGAGGAUGAAGAUAACGAGGAAUUAUCAGACGAUGACGAUGGUUCGACUUCCAGCUCAGAGGAUGCAGAGCGGAACAACAAUACUACGGAGCAACAAAAAACUUCCCGAACUGCGAGCAAGACCGAGCAUAAACCAACCAAGCCAACCAUGGUCAAACUGGAAGAUCAGAUGAACAACGAAAAUCUUGAAAUGUUGCAAAAGAUAUUCGAGGAAGCCGAUGAAGAUGGCGGCGGAGGACUGGAUAUGGACGAGUUUCGCAUGGCGAUGAUCAAAACUAUGGCUGGUAAAGGUGAAGUGCCUGAUGAUAAUCAGCUGGCUAUAAUCUUCAUGAAAGUUGACGCUAACUGCGAUGGAACAGUAGAUUGGGAAGAGUUUUGUUCCUACAUGUUGUUGGAGACUCAGUUAAAAGAUGUGAUGAGCAGUGAAGACAGAGAGAUGGAAUUCCCGAUCCCAGCCAGAGAAAUUCCCAGUUCUCAUCGCGACACAAUCACACGGAUAACAUACCUUCCUAAAUUGUCACAUGGCACUGAUGACCCAACUGACAGCAAUGGGGGAAGAUACGUUUCCGUCAGCAAGGAAGGGACAUUGCACUUCUGGAACAUGGAUUUACAUCCUCAAAAAACUCUGUCAUUAGGGCACGAGGGCAAAGCCAGCAAAAAUGUUUGGAUUACAGACUGUGUUGUGUUGCCAAAUGUCAAGAAGCUUGCUUUAUCAACGGCAGAUAGCGAGAUAGCAUUUUAUGACUGCGCUGCCACUAGUUUUGACAAACAGUACGUGAUCUGUAGUUUGGAUUACUGUGUAUUAACAAUGGAUUACUGGUGCAGCUCAACCAAGUCAAAUGUGGGAAUUUUGUUGUGUGGAGAUGCUGGAGGUUCAGUGAUCUGUUUGAAGUUGAAAUUCAAUGCAAUGACAGGUUGCUUGUUUGACAUGAACCUUGGACAACAGAUUCCUUCCGUAUCUUUCAGAAGAUUUUCCUUAUGGGAAAUUCAGCAAGGGAAACAUUCAAACAUAACACUGUUUCAAUUCAACAAUCUUCACGAGGACUGGAUACGUAAAGUUAGAUAUUACCCUUCGUUGCACUGCUUUAUCUCCUGUGCUACAGCGACCAACACUUCCAUGUACCUCGGAGACGUGGAAAGAAAAACGACGAGCUCUGUGUUUCGUAUCCGCAAAGGCAUCACGUCGUUUGAUUACUGCAAGGAAUGGAACGUUAUUGUAACUGGUGGCCUCGAUCAUUAUGUCCGCCUGUGGAAUCCAUAUGUUACAGCUAAAGCAACAUCGGUGUUAAAAGGUCACAGUUCAGCAGUGACACAUAUCUUAGUGAACAGUGACAAAGGAGAGAUAAUCAGCGCUGCUCAAGACAAGGCUAUCAAGAUAUGGGACAUGCGUGACCUUUGCUGUGUACAAACCAUUCCUGCACGCUCCCUGUUACCAGGCCCUCACGUGAUCUCCAGCCUCUAUUACAACUCAUAUUCUCACUGCAUUUUUGUAGGAACCAACCAGUUAUCAGUCAUUGAGGGUAAAAAGGAUGAACCAUCAGAGGAACAUACCAUCACAAGUCAUUCCAAACCGCUUUGUGCUGCUAUUUAUAAUGAUCUGUUUGAUCAGGUUGUAAGCGCUUGUCAUGAAUCUGUGGUUUGUGUUUGGAGCCUAGAGACAGGCGAGAAAAUCAUCCAAUUUUCCAAUGCUCACGGUAGCUCUGAAAUAACAGCAAUGAGGUUUGAUCCGUCCAAGAGAAGACUUAUAACUGGAGGUAGAGAUGGAACAGUACGGAUAUGGAACUUUAACAACGGCUGCUGUUUGAGCAAAUUACAAGCUGUAGACAAUGAAGAGAUAACAGGUAUCCUGUGUUUUAAACAGAAGAUAAUAACAGUGGGAUGGAACAGAAAUGUGACCAUUUACAAGGAUUGCCGGAACGAGGAUCCGACGGAGGAAGAAGAUCCCCGCGUAUGGCCACAUUUCCAUGAUGACGACAUUCUAUCUGCUGCAAUGUACCCAACUGGUUUAGUGGCCACCUCUUCAUAUGAUGGUCUCGUUAAAGUUUGGAACAUUGAAAGUGGAAGUGUUAACUGUCGACUGCAUGCUUGUGACUAUGGCUUAGAAAGAACACAGUCUGUUAUUCCCGCAGAAGUUAAAAGACUUGUUACUCAUUGUAAUACAGUGACUGAAACAGAGAACAGACUUAAGGAAGAAAUGUCGAGGAACAGAAGUAUUUAUUCAGACAAGAAGAAUCGCCGCUGUACAUCAAUGCAAUCAGUUGGGCGGCUCAAAAACUGCUCCGUGCAAAAGGACAGAUUAGAAAAUUCACAGAGAAGGAAAAGCCACCUUCCAGAUUUAUCACCCUUGAGAUCUCACGAAAGUUAUCAUGAUUCUUCAGUAGACAAGGUUAUUUUUCUAGAAAAGCGCGAAAACAGCUUCACCACGGCUACCCUGAUAACAUCGGGGUCAAACGGCUCCGUAAGGGCCUGGAGUAUCUGUGGCGGAGGUUUACUGGGUUACUUCACUGCUGCACAGGGUAACCAUGAUUCUGUUCUCUCCAUGUCAACUAAUGGUGACAAUAGCAUGCUCAUUACCGGUGACACCGCUGGCUUUAUCAAGCUUUGGGACAUAUCUUGUUACUGCAUAAGUAGCGGCGACCAGAAACCAGCGACACCACAACAAAGGAAACUAUCCCUAGGGAACAGAAGGUACAGCCAGAAGUCGAGCAAAGCAGGAGGAAUCAAUACCAAGCCACCUCCACUGGUCAUUUCAUUCAGAGCUCAUCUCCAGCCAAUUGUUAGCUUAGACUUUGUCGACAACCGCCAGCUUAUCAUUACUGCUUCCAAAGAUGCUUCUGUCAGGUUAUGGACCCAAACAGGAAGAUAUAUAGGAUUGUUUGGUCAGCGGGUAUUAUGGGAUAUAGAGCUAGCAACCGAAGGAUUACAACGACUUCCACCGGAUAUUCAGCGGAUCGCUUCAGCCGAGACCCUCAGAUCUUUGUUGAGUUCUCCUAGACCAAGAUGGAGACUGGCGAUGCAUGUAAUGCGUAUUACGGCCAUUUCUAGGCGUGGAACGCAGUCCACCCUGCAGAGUUCCACAGACAACACAGAUUGGGAGGACGAAUGCGGGCCUUCCAUUGGCCAGUCGCUUAAGAACAUUUUAGGAAAAUUUUACAAGCCAAAGAUUAGACACAAACCCCUUCCACCACUACCGAAACUCAAAUUCAAUCAAGAUCAGAUGAUUGUUUACUCCUGUUUAAAUUUCAAAGAUCUACAAGCUGUUGAGGAACCAAAGACACCAGCCCUACUGUGCAGUCACAACACCAGAAAAAAAUCUUCUUCAGGCCUUCUUCCCCGGAUUGCCAAGACUAGAGGUCAUCGGUCAAACUCUGAUUCUAAACACACCACAUAUUUCAGGGCGCCUGGUAAACAAACACGUGCAAGUACCUUCCGAAAACCACCCGAAAUUUUAAGGCCAUCCUUUAAAAAGUAGAAUACCCACUUGAGAUUGGCAUCAAUUUAAAUUAUAAUGAAUAAAAGUGGCUGAUAUCAUUUUUAAUCG